GCGUUACCACGACUGUUGGCAACAGCGGCGAACGGAUAAUUUUGAGUAACGAUUUUUAGGUUACCUCCGUGUAUUCCGCGUAAACCUGGCCCGAGCUGCGCGUCCGCAGGAUAUCGACGAAAUGUCCAGGAGGAGUUCCGGAGACGAUUAUAGAAAAGGGUCAAGUGUCUACAGAACCGAGGACAGAAGAGAGGAUGACAGAGGUAGGGACCGCUCGCCGCUCAGGGCCGAGGAGCGCAGCGAUACAGAUGACGAUCAGUCGGAUGGGAAGAAGCAGAAGUUAGCGUUCGGCUUCGGGAAAAGGACCGCCGGCAACGAGCAGAAGAAGGGAAUUCAAAUUAAAUUAGGCUCCGCCUCCGACUUAAGCAUAAGAAACUCUUCUUUGUGUCAGAAGUCAACUGUGAAAGCAGCGCCGGCACCAAAACCGACUGUAGCCUCGGUGUUCAAUGCGGACGACGACGACGAACCAGAGGAGAUGCCGGCGGAAGCGAGGAUGAGGAUGCGAAAUAUCGGGCGCGAGACACCGACAUCAGCCGGGCCAAAUUCAUUCGGCAAGACAAAACAGGGGUUCUGCGACUCGAAAAAGAUAUUUGAGAAAACGCUGAAGAAAGCGAUGGAGGAGGCAAACAAAUGAUUUUGCAUACUAUAUAUACAUGUAUGUACAUACGUGUAUAUAUGUAUGCGCAUAUAAUACACGUAUGUACGUAUAUGUGUGUGUAUAUAUAAUCACGAAAAAAAAAUCACUUGUACAUUAAUUUUAAAUAAUUGAUAGAAAUCUUGUUCUUGCUGAAGUCAAACGCAAGUAUUUUUAUGAAAUGUAAGUAAACUCAUUGGCAGAACUUAGAUAUUUAAAAAUUUCGCUUCACAAGGAAGGCAUUAGCCGCGAUAUGUGCACAUCAUGUAUAAUAAAUCUAUUAUCUAUAUUCCCGUUUCGACUGAGCUUGACGAUUUCGAGUUUUCUUUUCCAUGUAAUAGUCACUGAAUAGCUUAUUGUCAAACUGCGCAUCGAUUUACGCUAAAACAUUACGUAUGUAUCUUCUUCAUCUUUCUCACACGAUAAUAAACGUAAAUAAUAUUGCAGCGUA